GCAGAUUUUAACCAUCUGGUCUUCUCGUUUCCUCCCCAGGACAGAGCCACCAUGAGCCAACACUGCACUAAGUUCUCUGGCCUCUGGAAGGUAUGGUCGGGUGAGCUGGGGUCUUGGGGGGAGCAUCGCCGGGAGCUGGUUUGGCAUUAGGACCCGUGCUGAGACCUGGGCAACAGGACCCGCUCGCUGGGAUCAUGAUCCUGGUGUGGGAUGAGGAGUUCUUCCAGGGCCGGAGGCAGGAGUUCACCGCCGAGUGCUACGACGUGAGGGCGUGCGGCUUCCAGACGCUCCGCUCCUUCAAGAUUGAGAGUGGCGCGUGGGCAGGCUUUGAGCACGUGGGCUUCCGGGGGCAGCAGUUCGUUCUGGAGCAAGGCGAGUACCCUCGCUGGGAGGCCUGGAGUGGCAGCCACGCCUACCACGUGGAGAGGAUGAGCUCCUUCCGCCCCAUCGCCUGUGCUAAUCACCGGGACAGCAAGAUGACGAUCUUCGAGUGGGAGAACUUCCUGGGGCGGAAGGGGGAGCUGAGCGACGACUACCCUUCGCUGCCAGCCAUGGGCUGGGGGAGCAGCGCGGUGAGCUCCUUCCGUGCUCACUCUGGCGCCUGGGUCUGCUCCCAGUUCCCUGGGUACCGAGGCUUCCAGUACAUCCUGGAGUGCGACCGUCACGCGGGCGAAUACAAGCACUUCCGGGAGUGGGGCUCCCACGCGCAGACCUCCCAGGUUCAGUCUAUCCGGAGGAUCCAGCAGUGAGUGCUGCCAACCGCCAGGCCGCAGCCGCCCCCUUCUGCCCCUCAGCGUCUUACCCUACCCGCCUUCCACUGGGGCCCCCGGCUCCGGGCCCACUCCGGGCUCAAAGCCAAGCUCAAUAAAGGUACACUUGUCUAGCCA